CUGUUGUGUUGCAGAAUUCGAUGUUGUCGUAAGCCCGAAACGGGUGAAAUCAUUCAAGUGGACAGUGAAUAUCGAACAUGCAAUCCUCGAAGGGCUCAAGAAAUCCAUACGUGUGAUAUACCAAACACCAGCACUUGAAAAUGAUGGAGUAGUGUUCAAUCUAGUAAGCGAUAGCGGAAAAUACUCACCUCGAAACGAUCAAGACCUUUGUGAAAUACUCCAGCUACUCGUGUCAAAAACAGCUUCAAAAUGGACAUUUCCAAAGAUAUGCCAGCUGUAUGGACUCAGUGAAACAGAUGAUCCGUCAUUGUCAGUAUUCCCAUCUUUCAUAUGCGAGUGCAAAAGUCUGAAAGACGAAUAUUCCCAAGCAGUACUUGAACAUCUUAUAGCCGAACUGAAGGCACGUCUCAAGACCAUUCCAAUCAGUGGAAAUGAAGCAUCGAAAUCGCAAUACGUAUGUCUCUACCUAAUUGCCGGGCCAAAUGGGCAUGGUCCAGUCGAUUUUGCGCUAGACUUACUCCGAACCGCAAGAACUGCUGGCGUGACAGAAGUCAAGGACGAAGAUUUUUUCAAGGGUAUCGCUCAAAAUGCUGUCCAACUUGAAUCAGCUUUGACGAAUCGCAAGCGUAAGGCUAGCGAGAUGGAUGAAGAGGGUGUGUUUGUGGGUAAGGUGUUCGGAAUUGUCACAGAUGCGAAAGAAUGGUAUUUUUUAGAGUGUUCGCUUGAUGAUCAAGAAAGGCCGAGAUUUAAACUAUCGAAACCGCUGGUCGUUGUAUAUGAAAACGAGGAUAUGGAAGCUAUGGUGGAAAGGGUCCUCGGUCAUAUUGGAAGAGGUACAAAAACCCGAGGAAUCAGAGGGUGGAAAUAA